AUGGACAAACAACAAACACCACCUUCACAAGUUCCUGUGGACUCGUUGGAACUCAUUCGAAACCGACUCAGCCAGGUGCACCAGUCGCUCCGAAAGCUCGCCGACCAAAUCAAUCACACCAACCGCAACCCCCGGUCCAGAUUGCCCGGAUAUCUGAAUUUACAAAGCCAGUUCCAUGUUUUGAUCACACAGCUCCAUACGAUCGCUCUGCAGCUCGACACCAAUGACGAGAUUCUUCGAGCAAGCACGGCGUAUCCGCUCCCCUCGUUUCCCACCACGCAACACGAAGGCCUAGUGACUACGCUUUUACGGAAAAAGCCUCUCCCAGAAGUGGACGAAUGGAUAGAAAGUGCCAUUGCAGAAAGCGCAACUUUCAAGAUGCCCAUCCAGAAAGACGACAGCUUUGCGGAAUGGUGCUAUCUGAAGGUGAAGGAGCUCGAGGAGACGUUCAAUUUUGAAGGUUUCUACACAGAAGCGGAGUUGGCCCAUUUGGAGUCAGAGGAGGGUAAAAAGGAGCAGAGCGAGAAGGAGGCAAUAGCGAAGGAGAAAGAGCAGGCAGAGAAAAGAAUCGUGGGCACAGAAGCUCCAAUGUCGUCCAACCAAGUGUUACGUUUCAUGCAUCGGGGAAUCGUGUAA